AUGAGGAGUGGAGUUCUUCACAGGUGGGGCUGCUGGUCACGGGUGGGGCUGCUAGUCACAGGUGGGGCUGCUGGUCACGGGUGGGGCUGCUGGUCACAGGUGGGGCUGCUGGUCACAGGUGGGGCUACUGGUCACGGGUGGGGCUGCUGGUCACAGGUUGGGCUGCUGGUCACAGGUGGGGCUGCUGGUCAUAGGUGGGGCUGCUGGUCACAGGUGGGGAUGCUGGUCACAGGUGGGGCUGCUGGUCACAGGUGGGGCUGCUGGUCACAGGUGGGGCUGCUGAUCACAGGUGGGGCUGCUGGUCACGGGUGGGGCUGCUGGUCACAGGUGGGGAUGCUGGUCACAGGUGGGGCUGCUGGUCACAGGUGGGGCUGCUGGUCACAGGUGGGGCUACUAGUCACGGGUGGGGCUGCUGGUCACAGGUGGGGCUGCUGGUCACAGGUGGGGCUGCUGGUCAUGGGUGGGGCUGCUGGUCACAGGUGGGGAUGCUGGUCAGAGGUGGGGCUGCUGGUCACAGGUGGGGCUGCUAGUCACAGGUGGGGCUGCUGGUCACAGGUGGGGCUGCUGGUCACGGGUGGGGCUGAUGGUCACAGGUGGGGAUGCUGGUCACAGGUGGGGCUGCUGGUCACAGGUGGGCCUGCUGGUCACAGGUGGGGCUGCUGGUCACAGGUGCCUAGUGCUGGCGGCUGGCGCUGGUGCUGGUGCCUAGUGCUGGCGGCUGGCGCUGGCGCUGGUGCCUGGUGCGGGCGGCUGGCGCUGGUGCUGGUGCCUGGUGCUGGCGGCUGGCGCUGGUGCCUGGUGCUGGUGGCUGGCGCUGGUGCUGGUGCCUGGUGCUGGCGGCUGGCGCUGGUGCUGGUGCCUGGUGCUGGCGGCUGGCGCUGGUGCCUGGUGCUGGCGGCUGGCGCUGGUGCUGGUGCCUGGUGCUGGCGGGUGGCGCUGGUGCCUGUGCUGGUGGCUGGCGCUGGUGCUGGUGCCUGGUGCUGGCGCUGGUGUCUGGUGCUGACGGUUGGCGCUGGUGCUGGUGCCUGGUGCUGGCGGCUAGCGCUGGUGCUGGUGCCUGGUGCUGGCGGCUGGCGCUGGUGCUGGUGCCUGGUGCUGGCAGCUGGCGGUGGUGCUGGUGCCUGGUGCUGGUGCCUGGUGCCGCCGGCUGGCGCUGGCGCUGGUGCCUGGUGCUGGCGGCUGGCGCUAGUGCUAGUGCCUGGUGCUGGCGGCUGGCGGUGGUGCUGGUGCCUGGUGCUGGCGGCUGGCGGUGGUGCUGGUGCCUGGUGCUGGCGGCUGGCGCUGGUGCUGGUGCCUGGUGCCGGCGGCUGGCGCUGGCGCUGGUGCCUGGUGCUGGCGGCUGGCGCUGGUGCUGGUGCCUGGUGCUGGCGACUGGCGCCGGUGCUGGUGCCUGGUGCCUGGUGCUGUGACACCCGCUACCGCGCUGCGCUUCCCUCCGAGUUCUGCGCCAAGAACCUCCCCCCCAUGUACAUCACCCUCAUCUACCUAGUCAUCCGCCUCCCUGACUCUCUCAGCUCAGUCAGGCACCACUUUCUCUCCCUUUGCCCCACUGAGCUCACCGUCGACCUGCUCGAGGAGCGCCACCUUGCAGCUGAGGCUAGCAUAGUCACUGUAGGAGCUUCUCGUGGCGACCCUCGCAGCCCUUUCUAUGAGGGGUGCUCCCCCAACCCCCUUAUGCCCUCUAUUGCUUCUGCUGCUACUGUCGUGUCAUAA